UUCGCUGUGCAUUAUGGGCAUGGGGCUCCUCCCCACGUGUCUGUGUGGAGCAGAGUCAACAUGAUACCGACACACUUCAGCUGUGUUAGCCGGAGUUAGACCCCCUGCGCACCGCAUUUCUGGACUUUCUAACACACGGAUGAGAUAGCUAAAGCUGUGCGGUGAAGUGUGCAGGUUGGACCUGUGAGAUCUGCUGCAGCUCCUCUCCUGUUUCAUCUCCUCCUCCUCUCCCCCUCCUCGGUCUGCUCACAUCAAUAUGGCCAGCGGGGACGAUGAUGACCCGAUUAUAGAAGAGAUUGAUGUGUACCUCGCCAAAAGUCUUGCAGAUAAGCUGUAUCUCUUACAGUACCCUGUCCGACCAGCCACUAUGACCUAUGAUGACGUCAGCCACUUAGCAGCCAAGAUCAAACCUAAACAGCAACGAGUGGAGUUGGAAAUGGCGAUCAACACAAUGAGUCCAAACUACUGUCGGAGCAAAGGAGAACAGAUCGCUCUGAACGUGGACGGCACGACUUUUGAUGAAACCAACACCUACUCUACGAAAAUGAUGGAUAAGCAGACCUUUUCCUCCAUCCAGGCCACCACCAACACCUCAAGAUAUGCUGCUGCUGUUUUUCGCAAAGGUGAGCUUCACGUCACUCCUCUGACGGGAAUCCUCCAGAUGAGACCGAGCUUCUCUUACCUGGACAAGGCUGACAACAAAACCAGAGAGAGGGAGGCGGCCAAUGAAGGUGGAGAUUCCUCCCAGGACGAAGCUGAGGAGGAGGCCAAAGCAAUCACGGUGAGGUUUGCUCGUCCUGAGUCGGAGCAGGCUCGGCAGAGGAGGAUCCAGUCGUAUGAGUUCCUCCAGAAGAAGCAGGCGGAGGAGCCCUGGGUUCACCUACACUACCAUGGUGUCAAGGAUGGUCGCUCGGAGCAUGAGAGACAGUACCUCUUCUGUCAGUCAGUGGACGCCUCAGAGAACUCUGAACUGGUCAAAACUCCUAAGGAGUAUCUGGCGAUGCUGAUGCCUCCUCUUGAAGAGGAAAAAGUUGUGAAGCCUGUUGGUCCCAGUAACGUGCUCUCCAUGGCUCAGCUCCGCACUCUACCGCUGGGAGACCAAGUGAAGACUCUGAUGAAGAACGUCAAAGUGAUGCCGUUUGCCAACCUCAUGGGCCUCCUCGCCUCCGGCACGGACUCGACCGCGGCGCUGCGCUGCAUCCAACAGGUGGCUCUGUUGGUUCAGGGGAACUGGGUGGUGAAGAGUGAUGUUCUGUAUCCUAAAAACACCUGCAGUCCUCACAGCGGCGUCCCUGCAGAAGUGCUCUGUCGUGGCCGAGACUUUGUGAUGUGGAGGUUCACUCUGGAGCGCUCUGUGAUGAGGAAGGAGAUCGCAGCCAUCAUCAAACUUCCUCCAGAGGAUGUGAAGGAGUUCCUGGAGCAUGUGGCAGCUCCUCGAGUCAACCGGGGCUGGGAGUUCCUGCUGCCUACUGAUGGCGACUUCAUUAAGAAACACCCAGAUAUCACCCACAGGCAACACAUGCUGUGGCUCGGCAUCCAGAGCAAGUUGGAAAAGGUCUUUAACUUCUCUAAAGAAGAUUUCUUGCCAAAGAAUUCCCCUCAGCCUGACCCUGUUCACGUCACCGGGGAGCAGCGUCUAAAGAUGGCUCACGAACGAGCCCAAGCAAACCAGGCGUCUCUACAGAAGGACCUGGACAGCAAGCGGACGGGAAGCCGCGUCCACAUCAAACAGGAACCUGUCAGCGACAGGGAAGAGGAACCUAUGGACACGACCUCCCCGGCCUCCUCCUCCAUCCCUAACGGCUCAGUUAACGGUUACCCCAGUGCCACCUCCCCCGCCUUCGAUCACACUAACGGUAACGGAGGGUCUCCCAGCACGUCGGCGCUGGAGCUGCAGGACUUUGUGUUAAAGACUUUCAGGAAGCAUUUUGUAGUGACGCUGAACGAGUUUAAGAGGCUCUUUAACCUCCACCUGGCUUCUAUGCCGGUGGGACGGAACGUCUUCCACUCCAUCUCGGACCACAUGCUGCAGGACGCCAUACUGCACAGCCACUGCAAACAGAUAAUGGUGCCUUUUCCUGCUCAGAGCUCAGCAGCUCCUGAUGAACAGAAGGUGUUCGGUCUGUGGGAGACUGGAGAGGAAUUCGACAAGCACCGUCGGCUGCUGUACGACCUUUUCACCAAGAACUACAAGGUCAGGAGGAACAUGGUGCAAGCCAGGCUGAACCAGGAGUUUGGAGACGUCUGUAAGGCUGACGUUGACCGGCUGCUCAAUGAGUGCUGCAGCAGCCACGCAGGGAUGUGGUACCUCAAGGGAACGAUACAGUCCUGACACUGAGCGCCCUGCCCCCUGCGGUCACCGUCUGCCAAUCAGAUCCUCUCCCAGGUGUCCAGUGGGAGGGCAGUGAGACAGAAGAGAGCCAAUCACAGCUCGCCCAGCUCUGAGGACAAAGAUGUCGGCCAUCUGCUCUGCUCAGAACAUAAAGCUUUUUCAACAAAGCAUUUCUGACAUUAACACAUGAGCGCCCUGACGCAGUGCAGAGGACAGAGACGAGCUGGAGUGUGGAGUGUCUGAGAUGAAAAAAUGUUUAAAAAAAUGAAGAAAUGGGAAGAUUAUAUAUACAGUUUAUCCUUAGAUUUCUGGAUUUAUGACCUCACGUUUGAUUAAUUUUGAAUUAAACUUUUACCGGAUCAGGAUGGUGUUUACUGUCGGGAGCAAACGUGGCUCAGAUUGCUUUCAUUUUACUCCUGAUUUGUGAGUUUUGCCUGAGAAAACAUUACUUUUAUCAUAUCAUCAACAAAGCAAAAUGUUGUUAAAGGCCUUGUGGAGAGAAAAAACAUGAUUUAGUUUUUCAUCCAGAUCUGACUUUGUUCAGGAAUAUCGACUGAAUAUUUACCCCAGCUUCAGAACACAAACGAAAGUUCGGGGUGAUACAUUAUUAAAACGUGUUAAAGCACUUGAAGGGACGUUGCCAAACUCAAGGAGAGAAAAAAAAAGGGGAAACAUCAAAUGAUGCAAAAAAAACAAAACAAAGAAAAAGUCCUGAAUGUCUUCAUGCUCAUGUUGUACAACUGAAACCACUUCAUGUUUUCAGCAAUGAUGGACCUGGAAACGGCUGCAUUCAAUGUGGCGUCUCCCACACUUCUGUAUUCUUCAGUGUGAACUGAAACAUGAACUCAGACAGAAAAAGUGGAUUAAAUGCUUUUUGUUCCUGGUUGAAUGUUGAGUUUGAAUUAUUUUAAGAGAGCGACUGAUUUUUGAUGAUGGUCAAUAAAAGAUAACAGUUUUGAA